AUGAACACUAUCUCUACUGCCACUGUACUUCCUUGUACACCUACAGAUGUGAAUGGGUUCCUUAGUGUUGUAUUCAUUGGUCCCGAGAAAUUUGAUCCCAACUGUAUGGGUACCCUUUUCCAUGUCCAGAAGGCAAACAUUUGGGCCUUUCUUGUUUGGCUGUGCCAUCACAACCACCUUUAUGCAAACAUUCCUCUGGAUUCCGCCAUUACAGAUCUCUAUCCCUCAGAUGGACCCUUGCCUGGACUUAGUGAGCAUGUUUUUGAAGACAACGAGCUCAACGCUGAUCUUGUGUUUGGUCUGGAAACAGCUGUAUUCAGCAAACAUCCAGCUGCCCUGGUGACUGAAAGUGAAGCACCUAGUGUCACCGAGUCACUCAUAUUAGAGAAGAUGGAUGUGUCUGAUCCUGAGAGUAUGAAAGUGUCUGGAUGCAGUUUUGUGGCAUUGGCCAUUCAUAAUCUUCUCCCAAAAGAUGACCUGACCUUGUCAUUCACCAUGGUGGGCAACCCAUUACCGAGUACAACAAUUCCAAUUUUUUUCCAGGUCUAUUCCUCACCCUAUUUCCUUACAGCCUAG